AUGCGGCCGCCCCGGCUCCUCUGCGCGCUCCUGCUGGCCGCCUGCUGCCGCCGCGCCGCGGGUGUGCUUGGAGAGGCCGAGCCGCCCGAGCCCGAGCUGGUGGAGGUGGCGGUGGGCGGCACAGCCCUCCUCCGGUGCGGCCCCUCCCAGGCGCAGGGCAACCUCAGCCAUGUGGACUGGUUUUCCGUCCACAGGGAGAAGCCCGCACUCAUCUUCCACGUGCGCCAGGGCCGUGGCCAGAGCGAGCCCGGGGAGUACCAGCACCGGCUCAGCCUGCGGGAGGCGGGGGCGGCGCUGGCCCUCGCCCACGUCACCCCUCACGACGAGCGAGUCUUCCUGUGCCGGGCCAAGCGCCCUGGGCCCCGGGAGCACCGCCUCCAGCUCCGCGUCUACAAAGCUCCAGAGGAGCCGAGCAUCCAGGCCAACGUCCAGGGCAUCUCGGUGAACAGCCCAGAGCCUGAGGAGGUUGCCACCUGCGUGGGGAGGAAUGGGUACCCCGUCCCGCAAGUGGUCUGGUACAAGAACGGACAGCCCCUGAAGGAGCAGAAGAACCGGGUGCACAUCCAGUCGUCGCAGACGGCGGAGUCCAGCGGCCUGUACACCCUGCGGAGCGUCCUCCAGGCCCAGCUGCGCAAGGAGGACCGGGACGCGCGCUUCUACUGCGAGCUCAGCUACCGGCUGCCCGGCGGGAGCCACAUGAAGGAGUCGCCGGAGGUCACGGUCCCCGUCUUCUACCCCGCGGAGACCGUGUGGCUGGAGGUGGCGCCCGCGGGGCCGCUGAAGGAGGGGGACCGCGUGGAGAUCCGGUGUCUGGCGGACGGCAACCCCCCGCCGCACUUCAGCCUCAGCAAGCAGGACCCGGGCACGAGGGAGCCGGUGGAGGAGCGGACCCUGGAGGACGGGGUGCUGGUGCUGGCGCCGGCGCGCAGGGAGCACAGCGGGCGCUACCAGUGCCAGGGCCUGGACCUGGAGAGCUCGGCCUCGCUGCUGAGCGCCGCGCGGGAGCUGCGGGUGGACUUCGUGUCUGACGUCCGCGUGCGCCCCGCCGCCCCGGAAGCCCACGAGGGCGGCAACCUCACGCUCACCUGCGGGGCGGAGAGCAGCCAAGCGCUGGAGUUCCAGUGGCUGAGGGAGAAGACCGGCGAGGUGCUGGCGCUGGGGCCGGUGCUGGAGUUGCAGGACCUGGACCGGGAGGCGGGGGGCGGCUACCGCUGCGUGGCCUCGGCGUCCCACGUGCCCGGCCUCAACGCCACGCGGCUGGUCAGCGUGGCGGUUUUCGGCCCCCCGUGGAUGGCGCUGAGGGAGAGGAAGGUGCGGGCGCCGAAGGACGCGCUGCUGAACCUGACCUGCGAGGCGUGGGGGCACCCGAGGCCCGCCAUCACCUGGAGUGUGGGCGGCACGGCCAGCGAGCAGGACCAGGGCCCCCAGGGCGUCCUGAGCCUCCUGAGUGUCCGCGUGACCCCGCAGCUGGUGGAGACAGGCGCCCAGUGCGUGGCCUCCAACACCCUGGGCAGGAACUCCACACGCUUCCUCCUGGAGCUGGCCUGCAACAGAAGCACUGGGCCCAGCACCGCCACCGUCGGGCCUCACGCCAGAGCCAACGGCACCACCACGGAGAAGAAGCUGCCCGAGCCCCAGAGCAAGGGCGUGGUCAUCGCGGCCGUGACCGUGAGCCUGCUGGUCCUGGCGCUGCUGGGCGCCGUCCUCUGCUUCUUCCACAAGAAGGGCAAGCUGCCCUGCGGGCGCUCGGGCAAACAGGACAUAACGCUGCCCCCCUCUCAUAAGAGCACAUUUGUAGUUGAAGUUAAGUCAGAUAAGCCCCCCGAAGAGAUGGGCCUCCUACAGGGCAGCCGCGCUGACCAGAGGGCGCCCGGAGACCAGGGGGAGAAGUACAUCGAUCUGAGGCACUAG